CCUACACUCCAUCUCUAGCAUGCUUAAUUAGAAGGUCAAGAGUCCUUCUCUCCCCCUCAUUUCGGCUGCACCAAGACCCCCUCCUUCUUCCUUAUUCUUUCCUCCCUUAAACCACCAUUGAUAACAGCUCCACCAAGCUCGAACCACCCCCCAAAUCAGCAAGAUACUUCUCAAACCAACAAUGAGAAUUCCCUAUCUCACCCUUGCUCUUGAAUUCUCCAAGAACACUAUAAAUACAUGGUGCCCCUUCACUAAUGAAAACACUUCUCACCUUGAAAUCUAUACCGUGUCCUUCCAUAUCAAGGUAGCUUGGCUGAAUCUUCAAGCUUGAAGAAGGUUCCCAAGAACCUUUCCCCUUUUCAUCUAGCCUUUUAUUUCCUUUCUGUUUUGAGGUAAGGAAUCGAAAUCCUUGCUGCAAAUGGAGGUAUCAAGUAUUAAGAACAAAACUUCGAAAUUAAUUAAAAGACACCCCUAAUUCUUAUUUGUGUUGUUCUUGCAUUUAAUUGUUUCUUGUUGUUAAUCCGUAUGAUUUAUGUUAUUGCAUGUAUGAUCAGAUGUCUUAAAUGGUAGAUUUGAGUUGAUUUCUUUCAAAGAAAUUUCAGUUAUUUCGAAAAUGAUGAAGAAAUUAAAUUGGGAAAAAGUUUUGGGGUUGCAUGUGUAAAUCUGCAUAUUUUCGGGCCAGAUCUGUAAUUUGUGAGAAGUCAGAUUCAUAUGAGUUUUCAAAACUGGUUUUUAGCAUUUAUUAAACGGAAAUUUCAGAUUGAGGAAAUUUCUAAGAAAAAGGGUAAUUUUUGAACUCCUAGUGGUCUUGCAUGUAUGGAUCUAAAAGUUUUGUGGUGGAAAAUGGAAUUUUCAAAGUUGUUGCAUAGAUUAAAAUCUGGACUUCAUUUUCUGCAUAUUUUGAGUAAAGAUUUCGGAUUUUAGGGGUUUUUCAUGAAAAAUUGGAUUUUGAAAUGUUAGUGUUGUUGCAUGUGGAAAUUGGAAGAGUUUUGGGGUAAAUCUGUAAUUUUCGAGAGAUUAGUUUCAAUUGGAGUUCCAAGUCUGUUUUCCAGCAUUUAGUAAAGGGUAAUAUUCGGUUUUUAAAAGGUCUUACUAGAAAAUGGAAUUUGUGCAUUUUUAGAGGUCUUGCAUGUGUAGAUCUAGAGAAGCUAGGGUGAAUUAUGUAAUUUCCGGAAAUUCUGCAUCAAAUCAUUUCUAACUGAGUUUUCUGCAUUAAAUUGAAUUUCCACCAAGUUAAGGGUUGAUUUUCGUGAAAGUAUGGAUUUUUGAACUUUAGAUCAUAUUGCAUGUGUGAGUCUUAAACUUUGGGGGCAGAACUGUAAUUUUCAGAAGUUCAGGGUUGUUGUGCUGAAUACCCGAAACCUCCUAAACUAGCAUGUUUUCCCUUAAUCCUAGAGUCAAUUAGUAAUAAGAUUUGGAAUCAAGUAGCUUAGGGAAAUAUAGAAGAUGGAUUGGUCUUGAAUGGUUUGUGUGUUAUUUUUGGGUAAGUAUGCUUAAUGUGCUUUUCGAUAAAGGCCAAGCUUAUGUGAAAUAUGUGUUUAUUUGUCACUUGAUUGAUAUUUGUGAUGUUCUAAAUUAUUAUGGGUGAUUAUGAAUUAUUGUCAUUCUUUAGGUACUCAAAGGAGAUUUCCAAUAAUUCGACUAUGCCAUUUUUGAUAUUAAACGAAAUAAUUUGGGGAAUUAAUGAAAUACUUAGAAAGGAUGAGAAUGGAUACGGGGGGCCGGUAUUCCAACCAUAGAUACUACAGAUGAGUGGUUUGAUUCCACUAAAACGGGCUCAGAAUAAUCUUCUUGUUUUCUAAGUACAAAAGUUAAUUUCUCAUCGGAUCCGAUAAAACGAAGAUUCUUUAUGUUUCUAUAGUUAAUGAGUUGUAUGUCGUAGAAAUGUAAAUUGUGUUAAAUGUUGUUGUGCUUGUGCUAUUAUGAUAUAGUAUAUGUAGUAUGACAAUAUUUUAAAUUCUCGGUAUCUUUCGAUAACCUUACUGAGCUUUGUUAGCUCAUAUAGAUAUUCUCCGUUUGCAGGUACUAGUACUACUCACUCCACCGGAUUGGACUAGUCGACGGUUCGAGAGGCCGAUUCCGGGUUUUUGGUUCGCAUGGAGGAUCUACUUAUAAUGCUUGUAGUACUAUCUUUUGUGUAUAUUGUUCUUAGAACAAUUUCUAUUUCCGUAGUAGCCCAUGUGUAUUAUUAUCCGUGGUAGAGGAGGCAUAUUCCUCCGAAGAUGGGCCCCUUUUUGUUAAACUAUGGUCCAUUUAUGUAAAAUUAAUAUAUUGUUUAAUUAUGGACUUUAACCUAUUAUUCUUGUGUUUUAUCAAGGUGACACCACUCAUAGCCUAUAUCACCGAUUAGUCGGGUAGUUAGACAAUCACUCCUCCACCCACUAAAUCAUUCCGCCGAAAAUUCUUCCGAAGCCCACUCCGUCUAAAUCCUUAGGUCAUGAGAUAAAUAAUACUUCACCAAGCCUCGGAGUCUACUCACCUAUUUAAAUACCCGUAUAAUACGUCUAAAGCUUCCGUGCACGGCAAACCCUCUCGGUUUGCUACAUAAAAUCUAGGGGGUGUCACAGACAUGGUAUCAGAGCAAAAUUUGUAGAAACUCUAUACGAGCACCGAACCGGAAUUCGAAACCCUCGAAGCGUGAAGACUCGGUCGGUCCGGUAAUUAUGUGCUUACUUGUGUUUUAUAUUUCUUUUUCUGUUGAUCUAAAGAUAUUUUGCAACACAUACACUAAGACAUGACAGGAAGACAAUCUCGGAACACCGCCACCACAAAUAAUCUCCCAGACACCGCUAACGUGAUUCUCGGUCUUUCCAACCUUAUCCGCGAGCAAGCGCAGAAUCAUCACGAUCAGAUUCAACAACUUCUUCAAAGCCGCCAAACGCCAUCUACGCCUCAACCAAAUCCCCAAAGCCUAUAUGAACGUUUCCUUCGCAUGAAACCCUCUGAAUUUCAUGGUGAUCCCGACCCGGUCGUAGCCGAAGAGUGGAUCAAAUCCUUGGAGGUGAUCUUUGAUUACAUGCAAAUGGAUGACCGUGAACGAGUGCACUGUGCCCUCUUUUUACUUCGCAACGAAGCCCGGAACUGGUGGGAAGGAGCGAAGGAAGGUGUUGAACUCGAGAACUUGUCAUGGGACGCAUUCAAGGUCCAGUUCUUCGAGAAAUACUUUUCCAAAGACGUUCGGGCAAACAAACUCAAGGAAUUCCUAGAACUCCGCCAAGGAGACCUCACCAUGACCGAAUACGUUCGGCUAUUCGAACGAGGAUGCUUGUACGCCCCAUUCAUCGCCAAAGACGUUGAGGAGAAGAAAAAUCAUUUCACAAGAGGACUACAACCUGAAAUCCGAAGGGACAUCCGCAUGUCCGACGCCACUACCUUUCGCCAAAUGGUGGACAAGGCACUAACCGCCGCUCAAGACGAAAAUGAAAUUCAACAAGGGAAGCGACCCCAGCCACCCACACCACGACCAUGGAAGAAGGCCAAUUUUGGAAAUCAAAAAUUCAAAGGAAAGAAAGUCCAAAGUUCAAACUCUAAGCCAGUAGCACCGACAACCAAGCCAAUUUGCUCGAACUGCGGAAAGGCUCACUUUGGAAUCUGCGUAAGGGAUACCGAAUUAUGCUUUCGAUGCAAGAAGCCCGGCCAUAAGGCGAGAGACUGCCCCAACGCUCAAACUCGAGUCCCAGGCCGCGUAUUUUCCAUGACCCGAGAACAAGUGCAUCAAGAUCCGACGAUGAUCGCAGGUACCAUUCUUGUUCUUGGAGAACCCGUAUAUGCUUUGAUUGAUUCUGGUUCUACACAUUCCUUUCUUUCCACCAAUGUGUGCGUACGUCUUGGUCUAAUACCGACCCAAGUAAGCCAUGAAUAUCCAAGGUAG